AUGGAUAUGAAUGCACUUACUUACAACCCAUUCAUAUACUGUUGGCUUAAUAAGGACUUUAAACAACGGGUUCGGCGACUAUUUCGGUGCAACGCCAGCGCCGGUACGGCCGGUGCCGUCAAUGGCCGGUCCGGUAACCGGGAGUCGACUGUCGUUCGCAACGAGUCGUGCGAUCAAAUCACUCUACAGUCCAUACACUGUAAUAAUAAUGACAAUAACAACAGCCAAACGCCUGUUAAUAACGACCAAAUGCUUUACAACCCAUUCAUAUACUGUUGGCUUAAUAAGGACUUUAAACAACGGGUUCGGCGACUAUUUCGGUGCAACGCCAGCGCCGGUACGGCCGGUGCCGUCAACGGCCGGUCCGGUGGCCGGGAGUCGACUGUCGUUCGCAACGAAUCGUGCGAUCAAAUCACACUACAGUCCAUACACUGUCAUAAUAAUGACAAUAACAACAGCCAAACGCCCGCUAAUAAUCAUUAUAAUUAA